AUGAAACGCCACAGGCAUCUAAGCACCAGUGACAGUUCAGACAAUGAGAGUCCUUCCACUUCCUUUUCCUCUUGUUCCAAAUACAGGAGUAAAUCAAAAACUCCAGCAAAUGAACAAAAGAAACCUGCUGAGGUGUUCCGGAAGGACCUCAUUAGUGCCAUGAAACUCCCAGACUCUCACCAUGUUAACCCUGAUGAAUAUUACCUCUUUGCCGACACAUGGAAACAAGAAUGGGAAAAGGGUGUUCAGGUCCCAGCCAGUCCCGACACGAUUCCACAGCCUUCUCUUAGGGUUGUAGCAGAAAAGGUGAAGGAAGUACUGUAUACACGACCUAGGAAGUACAUCCAUUGUUCCAGCCAAGAGCCCACAGAACCUGGUUACAUCAAUAUUCUAGAACUGGCAGAAUCUGUGUGUCGCUAUGAUUUGGAUGACAUGGAUAUCUUUUGGCUUCAAGAAUUAAAUGAGGAGCUUACAGAAAUGGGAUGUGGGCCCCUUGAUGAGAACACAAUGGAGAAGACAGUAGAAGUCCUGGAACGGCAAUGUCAUGAGAAUAUGAACCAUGCUAUUGAGACUGAGGAAGGGCUGGGCAUAGAAUACGAUGAAAAUGUGAUCUGUGACGUGUGCCGGUCCCCUGACAGUGAAGAUGGGAAUGAUAUGGUGUUUUGUGACAAGUGUAAUGUUUGUGUCCAUCAGGCAUGUUAUGGAAUCUUAAAGGUUCCCGAAGGCAGUUGGUUGUGUCGCACUUGUGUUCUGGGAAUACAUCCUCAGUGUCUCCUGUGUCCAAAGAGAGGAGGUGCCAUGAAAGCUACUAGGACAGGGACCAAGUGGGCACAUGUGAGCUGUGCCCUCUGGAUUCCAGAGGUUAGCAUUGCUUGCCCAGAAAGGAUGGAACCAAUCACAAAAGUGUCUCACAUUCCGCCAAGUCGAUGGGCUUUAGUCUGUAGCUUAUGCAAACUUAAAACUGGUGCUUGCAUUCAGUGCUCUGUGAAAAGCUGCAUCACUGCCUUUCAUGUCACCUGUGCCUUUGAGCAUAGCCUAGAGAUGAAGGCCAUUUUGGACGAUGGGGAUGAGGUCAAGUUCAAGUCGUACUGCCUAAAGCAUAGCAAAAACAAGCAGAAUUCGGUGCCUGACGUUGAUGAGAACCCCAAGAGCAUGGCAGACCAGAAGCAAACAGAGAGUGAGAAAACUAGUUUGCGUGCUCAGAAACUGAGAGAGCUGGAGGAGGAGUUCUACUCAUUAGUUAAAGUGGAAGACGUUGCAGCAGAACUGGGCCUUCCUAAAAUUGCUGUGGACUUCAUUUAUAAUUACUGGAAAUUAAAGCGGAAAAGUAACCUUAACAAACCAUUGUUUCCUCCCAAGGAGGAUGAAGAAAAUGGCUUGGUGCAGCCAAAGGAAGACAGCAUUCAUACCCGCAUGAGGAUGUUCAUGCACUUGAGGCAGGAUCUAGAAAGGGUAAGGAAUCUCUGCUACAUGGUGAGCAGAAGAGAGAAACUGAAACUGUCGCACAGUAAAGUACACGAACAAGUCUUCAAUUUGCAAGUCCAGCUCAUUAAUCAGGAAAUUGCUGCAGGCCAUUCUCUGACAAGUGCACUAGAGAACACGCUGUUCUACCCACCUCCCAGAAUCACCUUGAAAUUAAAAAUGCCCAAGUCAGCGCUGGGUGACUGCAAAAAUAACUCGCUGAAAACUGGCAACAGACCCCUUUCUCCAGACAAUACCGCAGUUUACAACAAAAGGAAUGUGCAGAUGUCAAAGGAGUCAUUUGAAAUUAAAGCAAAAUCAUACUCUAGGUAUCAGCAUGACAAGCGAAGUAAUGGGUUAUUGGUAGGGAUUGGCAAGAGUAGGAAUGAAAGAAAAGAUUCUGGACCUGCACAGUCACCAGAGUUUCAUCGUGGGCAGUCAUCUGGUAAACCAUUAGCACUUCAAGCUGCAUUGCAUGGACAGUCUUCCAUUGGGAAUGGAAAAAUGCAGCAAGAGAACUCAAGACUUACAAAAUCCAAUGGUUUAAUGGGCAGGGCUGGAGAUGUAACUCAGAGAGACAGGUCCAGCCAGACACUAUAUGAACAAGAAUCUGUGCUCACUGCUCAUUUGGCUAGUCAAAGCAAUUUUAGAAAAUCUACAAUAGAACAUUUUAGCAGGUCCUUUAAAGAGGCUACCAACAGUUUGGUGAGGACUACAGAAGAUCUGAGGUGCUGUGAAAAGCCAACAAAGAGGCUUUCUACAAAAGAACGUUUGUGGAGCAAACAGACUCUUGAAUUCCAGACAGGAGGAGCUCCAUACCAGGAUAAUGAUGGGUAUUGCCCUGAUUUGGAGCUAAGUGACUCUGAAGCUGAAAGUGAUGAGAAUAAAGAACAAGUCAGAUUAAGGAGAAGCAGCUCAGAGAGAGAGAGCCAAAGUAAGGACUUUGGUAGAGAUUGUCACAAUAGAAACAAAAAAAAUAUUAUUUCUCACAGUUCAGUACAAAGGUGA